GCCGUUACAGCCAUAGUCGCGCCCCCUUUAGUUUUCACGCGGUAGGCUUGACUCCAAAUUCAUAACAGAAGGCAGGUCCUGGUCGCUGCUUCCUGUUUCCUUCUUCUGUACGGUCAUCUACUCGCCUGGAGCAUCAAGACCUCAUAUCUGCACAACAACACCACUUACUUGUGUGCAUCAAAUACCGCAUCUACUUCGCCUAUACAACGCGUCCAUUGCUAAGUGUAGCAUAUAUUCUGCCGACUUCAUAGCAAAGCCGACCAGGUUUCGGUACAUCCAUAUACACAAUGAAGUUAUUCAGUGCCGCCGCCGCCCUGCUUGCUGCAGUACCUUUUACCCAAGCAUACUGGAAGGGGUUCAAUAUCGCUGCCGAGAACCCGGAUGGCUCAUGCAAGACACAGGCACAAUGGGUCUCUGCUUUCCACAAGCUAUCCUCGCUUCCCGGCCACUUCACCUCCGUUCGACUAUACGCUUCCAGCGACUGCAACACAUUGGCUCUUGCAGUGCCUGCUGCCAUUUCAACAGGAACUCAACUGCUUGUUGGUGUCUGGACCCAAGAUGACGGCCAUUUCAAGAGGGAGAAGGAUGCCCUCGAAAGUGCCAUCAAGAAGUACGGUCAAGAUUGGAUCAUUGCCAUUAGUGUUGGAAGUGAGGAUUUGUACCGCAAGGAAACCAGUGCUGGGGCACUUGCAACAAAGAUUUACGACGUUCGCGGAAUGGUUCGCGCCAUGGGUGUGAAGAAGGAUGUCGGACACGUCGACACCUGGACGGCAUGGGUCGACGGUGCGAACACUGAAGUCAUUAAAGCCUCCGAUUUCAUUGGUCUUGAUGCAUACCCGUACUUCGAAGGAAGUAGCAUUGAGGGUGCAAGCAACGCUUUCUGGUCGGCAAUUGACAGAGUACGCAAUGUCGUCAACCAGGUUUCUCCUGGUAAAUGGGUCUGGGUCACUGAGACCGGGUGGCCUGUCAGUGGACCUAAGUACGGCAACGGAGUCGCCAGCAUCAAGAACGCUCAGACAUUCUGGAAGCAGGUAGCUUGUGCGGCUUUCAAGCAGGUCCACAUCUUUUGGUAUGUCCACCAGGACUACCAAGCGUCGCCCAGCUUUGGUGUCAUUGACCGCAACGGCAAUGCAAUCUACGACCAACAAAACUGCUGAAUUCAGCGCGAGGGAAUUGAUAACGGUCUCUUUUGAACUUCUAAUAUCUUACAAUCCAAUCCAUUCCGUAAUGAAGCUUCACUCAAUAUCUAGAAGGAGCGAGCUCACAUAUCCUGAUGGUGGAGCCAAUAACACGCAUACAUCUUCGCCGAAUGUCAAUAUUCGGCUUAGAGAGCACCAGAGCUGAGCAUUCAUUGUUAGUCCAUGUUGAUGUAAACC